AUGACCAGCAUGCUCCACAUGAAGAACAGCGCCCAUCGGAGGGUUGGCUGCUCGCGGCCCCGUCCCCGAUUAUCAUGGAGCCACAUACAUCCCAUUGGCUGGAAGGACAUGAAUGUCGCGAGGAGAGCACCGAUCAAGGACACGAGAUCACUGAAGAUGGGGAUUCCACUGGCGAUGAGGUAUGAGGAGACCGUGACAGCCAAAGUGCAGCUGAGCCAGGUGGCCCAGGGGGUGAAUGUGUUGGCGGUUAGAGGGCUGGAGCCUCGGAGGAUGCGAACGAACAGCGGCGAGCGUCUCUGGGCGAAGGAGGGCUUCGCGCCCGCCCACGGCAACUACCAGGACAUGAUGACCAGCCCGGACGUCAACACAUUGUUCUACGAGUUCUGGUGCGACAAGACCCGCGCUCGACUGACGUGCAGCCUGGAGCUCGUGGAGCAGCUCGCGCCCACGCACCCGCCCUUCGCCUUCGGUACGAAACGCCCCUCCCUCGAACAACACUUCUAUAAGGUCUUCAACCAGGACAACGUCACCCUCUUCCCCUUGAAGCAGAACCCAAUCGCAAGGGUAACAGCUACAGGGAUCCAACUCGCCGACGGCACGACCAUCGCCCUCGAUGCUCUGAUCCUGGCCACGGGCUUCGACGCCGUCACCGGCAGCUUCACCCAGCUCAACAUCACUGGUACCAACCAGAACCUAGACCUGGCGGCGGAGUGGCGCGUCCGCACGCGCACGCAUCUCGGCAUGGUGACGGCCGGCUUCCCCAAUCUCUUUUUCCAGUACGGGCCGCAGAGUCCCACCGCAUUUGCGAACGGGCCCCUGAUCUCGGAGAUCCAGGUGGAGUGGAUUUUGGCCACGAUGGUGUAUAUGCGGGAGCGUGGGUAUGCGACGGUCGAUGUGAAGCCGGAGAUGGAGGAGCGGUGGGGCAAGGUCACGGAGGAGGCGUGUGCGCGUACCCUCAUGGGGAGUAAUGAGACGACGUGGUAUAUGGGGGGCAAUGUGUCGGGAAAGAAGCGGGAGGCGUCGGGGUAUAUGGGGGGGGGUUGCCGAAGUAUCAGGAGGAUUUGAGGGAGUG